UAAAAAGUGGGCGGUGCUUGAGGCGGGCAGGCGGCGUGUCCGAUCUCUUUCCGACCGCAUUGCAACAAAGUUUACAGUGAUACAGAAACCGCGCGAGCUCUUCGCCACUCUUUGAUCUCUUUAGUCGCGUGCGUGUGAGUUAUAUAAUCCGAUUUCAUUUCGCACUGCUUCACGUGCAAUCGCUCGGAUUGUCGGACGGAGAUCGAAGUUCAGAUGGGAGAAAAGUGCGAGCGGAUUUGUGUGUUGAUCUGAUCUGGAAUUUGAAUAAUUGCAGAUGAAAAGUAAAAAUUAGAAAACUCGUAAGAGAUUUGAUUCGUGUUCACAUUUUACUAAAUUAUCAGUAAUUAUUAGUUCUAUUCGUAUUAGCGUUCAUUUGAACAGUACUAGUAUGAGAUAGGACAUUUACACGUUUCUUCUUUACUUUCCCUGAAACAAACUCGUAAACUUGUGUGUAAACAUGCCAAAGAGUCGGGCAGGAGUCCACAAGUUGCUUCUGUCUCGCCCCCAAACCCCCAAGCUGUCUUAUGGUUAUAACUCCAACAUGAAUGUGGGCAGAAGUGGAUACAGGGUCUUCUGUGCAAACAACGUCCCAGCAAGCACUGAGCUGGCCCACAAGAUCACCGAGCGUCUCGGGGUGGAGCUGGGGAAAUCGCUAGUGCUCGAGGGAGCCAACAGAGAGACCACGGUGGAGGUGCAGGAGUCGGUCAGAGGGCAGGAUAUCUUCAUCAUCCAGACCAUACGCAGGGAUGUAAACACAGCGAUCAUGGAGCUGCUGGUGAUGGCGUAUGCCCUGAAGACCUCCUGUGCCAAGAACAUCAUUGGCGUGAUCCCGUAUUUCCCCUACAGCAAGCAGUGCAAGAUGAGGAAGAGAGGAUCCAUCGUCUGCAAACUGCUCGCAUCCAUGCUGGCUAAAGCCGGUCUGACCCACAUCAUCACCAUGGAUCUGCACCAGAAAGAGAUCCAGGGUUUCUUCAACUUCCCUGUGGAUAACCUGCGAGCUUCACCGUUUCUGCUGCAGUACAUCCAGGAGGAGAUCCCCGACUUCAGAAACGCUGUUAUUGUUGCAAAAUCGCCCUCGGCUGCGAAGAGAGCUCAGUCGUAUGCCGAGCGUCUGAGACUCGGACUGGUAGUAAUUCACGGUGAAGCUCAGUCCGAAUCCGAUCUGGCUGACGGUCGUAACUCUCCCCCGGGGUACAGACCCUCGUGUGGACCUCCAGGUCUCGAGCUGCCCUGGAGGUACCAAGCGCCGUUCCCUGGCAUCGAGCUUCCAAUGAUGAUGGCCAAAGAGAAGCCACCAAUCACUGUGGUGGGAGACGUUGGAGGUCGAAUCGCCAUCAUUGUUGAUGACAUCAUCGAUGACGUGGAGGAUUUUGUGGCAGUGGCGGAGAUUCUGAAGGAAAGAGGAGCGUAUAAAGUCUACAUCAUGGCCACCCAUGGCCUGCUUUCAGCCGACGCCCCGCGUCUCAUCGAGGAGUCGCUUAUAGACGAGGUGGUGGUGACCAACACGGUUCCCCAUGAAAUCCAGAAGCUUCAGUGUCCCAAGAUAAAGACAGUGGAUGUCAGUAUGAUCCUGGCUGAAGCUAUUCGUCGCAUCCAUAAUGGAGAAUCCAUGGCUUACCUGUUCCGCAACAUCACUGUGGACGACUAAUGAGCAUCUGGAGUCUUCAUGCUGAUCCAGGACCAGCUUGGAGUUUCUUUCUCAGGUGCUUGGUGGUUUCAGAUCCUCGUUUAUUCCCUUAAGAAAGUUUAGCAGUAUGAAGAUCUUCCCUGUCUCGCCUCAGCAUGGAGGAGAAGAAGAGAUGGAGAAACACUACGUCAUUCCGUGUCUGUUGGAGAGAUCAUGGCUCUAACAGUGGUAUUCUCACUUCCAGUACUUAUUUUUGUGUGAAAUAUGCACUACACCAUAAACGCCCUGUUCUACAUAUUCUCUUCUGCUUUUUACGCCUGUUGGCGACGUCAUGAAAACGGUGGACCAAUAAAUAAAAAAAAUUCAAAAAAA